UUUAUUCGAUCUUUCGUGGGGACAUCCUCUGGAGACACCAUUGAUGCGCAGGUAACGUAACGAGUGGCGUUAGAAUCGAGUAAGACAAACACUAAAACACUUAAUUCUUCCACUUAACAGUCCAAUAGCCAAUUCCAUUUCGUCUCGUGUUGGCGGCUAAAACCGAACCAAACCGCGAGCGUAUAUAAACACAUGUAAACCCACACCAUCUCCCCCUCGAUCGAUUCAAUUGUCUGCUCCCGAUUCCCUCGACUUCGCUCUCCCACCCUCCACGUUUCUCGCCCACUCCUCCUCCUCCCUUCUCUCCCUUCCCAAAACCCCUCCCUUUGCCUCGUCCUCCGCCGCCUCGAUCGCUCGCUCCGGUCAUGGGGAGGUGCGUCCUGGUCACGGGCGGCGCCGGUUACGUCGGGAGCCACACCGUGUUGCAACUCCUUCUGGAAGGGUUCACCGCCGUCGUCGUCGACAACCUCGAUAACUCCUCCGAGUUCGCUGUCCAGCGCGUCGCCCAACUCGCUGGCGAGUUCGGCAAAAACCUCACAUUUCACCGGAUUGAUAUUCGGGAUAUAGAAGCAUUGGAGAAAGUAUUUUCUACAACAAAGUUUGAUGCUGUUAUACAUUUUGCUGGUCUGAAGGCAGUGGGUGAAAGUGUUCAGAAACCCUUGCUUUAUUACAAAAAUAAUAUCAUUGGUACAAUUGCUCUUUUGGAAGUAAUGGCUGCAUAUGGAUGCAAAAAGCUGGUAUUCUCAUCAUCAGCUACUGUUUAUGGAUGGCCUAAGGAUUUACCCUGUACAGAGGAAUCCCCUUUGUGUGCAAUGAACCCAUAUGGUCAAACUAAGCUUAUGAUUGAAGAAAUAUGUCAUGAUAUCCAUCGUGCAGAUAGUGACUGGAAGAUAAUGCUAUUAAGAUAUUUCAAUCCUGUCGGAGCUCAUUCCAGUGGACAUAUUGGUGAAGAUCCUCGUGGAAUUCCCAAUAAUCUCAUGCCACUAAUCCAGCAAGUUUCUGUUGGGAGGAGACCUACACUAGCAGUAUUUGGGAAUGACUAUUCAACCAAGGAUGGUACAGGGGUAAGGGAUUACAUCCACGUUGUUGAUCUAGCAGAUGGACAUAUUGCAGCUCUGCAUAAGUUCUUUGAGGACCCCAACAUAGUGACUCUCCUGCACCCUUCCUCACCACUCCCGCAUCCUUCUUCUCGUGAUGCGCACGUGGGCCGACGGUAUUGAGGCAGCAGCUUUAUGCGGGGCCCAUGUUGUGGCCUUCAAGAUCUACAAAGCAACUAGUGCGGAGGGGUCACAUAUCUUUAUUCGUAGCUAGAGAGACUUUGAUUGGUUCAGCAAACAAGGGCCCAUGCGGGAUCUAGUUGAUGGUUGAAGCAAAUGGUGGGUUUUGGCAGCUUGCAUAGGACAGCAUGGUGCCACCGUUCUUUUGUUAACACGUAUUCUCUCUUCUUCCCGUGUCACAUUGUAAAGUGUGAGAAUUCAUGAUUUGCUACAUUGGUCACGUAACUAUAUUGAUAAUUAUAUCGAUGUAUAGUAGUACUAUAAUGACACAUGCCUAUAUUGAUAAUUAUAUUGAUAGUAAAUUUGUUACUAACUCUUAGCCUGAACUUGUGUUGUUAAUUGACCAUGUAACAAGUCAAGAAUAAAGUAAAUUAUGUGGAUAUAUGUUAGAAAUUUAGAAAUAAAUAUCAAGGGUACUAUGUAGAAUUAAACUACU